AUGGGGCAGUACGGCCCUGUUGUGGCCAUUUCCUUCAGGCAGCAAUCGACCAGCCAUGGGCCCGUGAGUCACGUGCUCCAAUGCGGGGAAAGGUCGGGGCGCAGGAACGGCGACGAACUACGAACUGCCACCAGCGAACGCGAUGACUCCCAUCUCCCUCGCGUCCUUAUGAGAGUGAGCAAAGGCUGCGAACGGUGCCGCCAUCGCCAUAUCCGCUGCGUCAUUCCACCUGGGGCCUCUGCCUGCGCACCUUGCUCUCGACUAGGCCAAGUCUGCCAUCUCGACCCGCGCUUCCAGUUCAAGGACGUGCACCAUGUCUACCAGAAGAGCAAUGGCACCGCCGCCCGGUUUGACCUCGUUUGGGAUGCCGAGCAGGUUUGGGUAGAUGUGUCGCAACCAGUAACAUUUGUACAUGAAACAUGUGAGGAUUCAAAACCUGACGACAGAGUUGAACCAGCACAUUCUUCCGUUGUUGAGAGACAUCUUUCUUUUGCGUCUCCUGUGGAGCAACCACACGGAACGGAGCCUGCAGCUUCGAUGGCGGAGGAGCCAUUGAUACAGCAUGACCAUUCUCACGAGCUAUCGCCCUUUCAUCAUUCAGGCAGUCUGGCUUCAUCUGCAUCCCACGACUCUACGACAUUAUCUCUACGAGAAGCCUCACUUAUGCGAUGCUUCAUCCAGAAAAUAGCACCAUGGGCGGACAUCUGCGACCCGCAGUCACACUUCAGCACGGUCGUUCCUCGGCGCUCCUUACAAGUUCCGAUGGUGCUCAAAGCAGUGCUAGCGCUCACGGCCCGCCAUGAUGCGAUUCUGGUCGGUCAGAGUGACUGGGAAGCUUCCACCUACCAUGGACAGUGCUUGGAGCUCUUGAUCCCGGCAUUGGAUCGACUCGAUCAGGACUACGACGAGAACCUACUGAUAACUGUUGUCAUCCUACGGAUAUACGAAGAGCUGGAGAACAGCGAAGACCAGAAAUUCCACCUGCUGGGAUCCAAUCGCCUCAUCAACCUCAUGUCACGCUCGGCAUCGUCACGCGGAAUUGCUGAGGCUGUAAGCUGGCAGUUCCUGCGCCAGGCGAUCUAUUCCUCAAUCGUUCAGUACCAGCACCUCCAACUCGAUCUCCGAAACUACGAGCGAUCCUCGAUGUUCCAGCGCGACGAUGAUGCCGCCUUUGCCAACAUGAUCAUCUUCCACUGCGCGCAUAUUAUCCAGCUCUGCCGCGUUCUUCCCGAGGAUCCUAUCGAUGAACAGUCUUGGGCCAAGGUAGCGGAUGAUGUGGACGAGUGGUAUCGCAAAAAGCCUAUCACCUGGCAGCCACUCCGCUACCAGGACUCUAAUGUGGCAGAAAACCGACCUUUUCCUGAGAUAUGGAUGAUGUCGGCUCCCGCCGUUGUCGGAAUGCAGUAUUACCAUGCAGCCUGUAUCUUUCUCACCAUGUCCGACCCUCAUUCGCGACGUAUGAGGGAAUUCGAGAUGGCUCGAACGCGGCGCUUGGCUGAGAGGAAAAUUGCGUCGCAUGUAAUUUCUGUAAUAGGGCUAUCUUGGUCGAACGAGAGUGUACACAACGCCUACUUUAUGGCCUGUCACCUUCUUCAUCGCUUUGGAUAUUGUCUGCAGCACCCCGUGGAGCAACAGGGCUCGCUGACCUUUCUCAGCCGUGUUGAAAAACUUAUUGGGUGGCGGACGACUUGGAUCAGAAGCGAACUGGAGCAUCAAUGGGGCGAACUGGCUGACUUUGAUCCCCCAAGUACUUGA